AUGGGGUUCAUCACGGUGAAUGAAGGGGCUAUAAGCAAGGCAUUCAAAGAGAAUCGCGCUCUACAAGAUCGCAUCUACGACGCUAUCUCCGAGUACCCUCAAUGCGUUGGCCUUUUCGAAGACAUAGCAAAACACGUCUGCUCGAUACAGGAAGCCCACGAGAACAGUCGUUAUGACAUGAGCAAUAUAGCGCCGCCACCUCAAAGGUUGCAGCAACAGCAGAUAACGCCCGUUGAAGGGCCGGCUCCCAAGAAGAGAAAAGUUGCAAAUGGACUGAUUGGGUCUGUUGGUGCUGGUGCGGUGGGAGGAGCGGAUUCCGUGUUGAUCGCUGGGCUACAGGCAGACGCGGAUUUGCAAUUAUACGUGCAGGACCUUUCCUUUACGAUUCCCCAGAGAAAGAAACUCCGGCUUGAGUUUACGCAGGAUUUAGGAGGGGGGAAUGAAUAUAUUCGGGCUAGGAAUCAGGCAUCGGGGGAGGUUGAAUUUGGUGUACCUGUUGCGAAAAUCCAACAUGUUCUCUGUCUUCCAAUUCCAGAGAAGGCGCAACGACAAUUCAGCUUCUGCAUUAUACCUGAAUAUAAGGAUGGAAUCACAAGCGCGCCUGAUGGAACGAUUACUUUUGAGCCUAUGGUUUGGACGGUUCCUGAUGCGGCUCCCCGAAGCGCGUAUCUGGGAUCAGGAACACCCGUCGUGGAAAGUGCAAGCUUAGCGGAGACAUAUCAGACGUACUUCCAGAGCGUGUUUAACGGGAAGCUGAAGCACGUCAAGGUGUUGUGCCCUGAUGAGAAGGAGUUUGCGAGUGCUACACCUGAAGCGCAUCGAAAGUCCGAGAAGGCGUAUCAUGUCAAGGCCUUCCGAGGGAGUAAAGAAGGAUAUCUCUUCUUUCUCGCCACGGGUAUCUUCUUCGGCUUCAAGAAGCCUGUCAUCUUCAUCGCGUUUGAAAACGUCGAGUCCAUCUCAUACACAGCCGUGCUUCAGCGUACCUUCAAUCUAAACAUCACCGCACGCUCUGCCACGAAACCAGAUGAAGUCCAAGAACUGGAGUUCUCCAUGAUCGAUCAAGCUGACUAUCCCGGCAUUGACGCAUAUAUCAAGAAACACGGCCUACAGGACGCGAGUUUGGCCGAGGAGCGCCGCGCAAAGAGGCUCAACAUCAACGCACCCAAGGGCGGAGAGGCAGACGAUGGCCAAAACGCAAAGGAGGACGGCAAUGCUCACGAGGUAGAGGAGGAAGAAUCCGAGUUACAGAAGGCUCAGAAGGAGCUUGAGAAUCGGCAGGCAGAGGAAGAAGACGAGGAGGAGGACGACUAUGAUCCUGGCAGUGACGGGGAGAGCGAGGGCAGCGGCUCGAGUAGCGAGGAGGAAGAGGACGAUGCUAAGGAAGGGAAUGCCGGUCCGGACGAAGACAUGGGUGAUGCAGAGUGA